AAGUCAGCCAGCAGACGUGCCUCGGCAACCAAGAGAUCAACUAGGUGCCCACUGCACGGAACGACAUCGUGACACAACCGGGUCCGACAAACGUGUAAUCUUCGGGGUCAAAGAGAAUAUCAUUCGCUUGUAAACAUCGCGUUUGUCACAUGACAUUUCCGGUAAUUAUCGACGCGCAUCACUCUGGUCGUUGACCCUUCAUCGAUUUCGCAAAGUGUCGUUUCGAGUUAUUUCGCGAUUUUUUUUUUCAACCCUUAGUGAUUAACAUUCGAGUGAUAUAUUGUAACGAAUUCAUUUCUAAGUAUACUGAAUAGGACGGUAAGAUAUAUAAUCGAACGAGUGAACAGUGUAUAAAUUAUCAACUUAAUCAGCCGGUUGUAAUCAUCUGAAAACCAAACAAGAUGAUACCAUCGCCGCUGAAUUGAUCACGAGCUCGAUCCUGAAGAUUCGCUGAAAAUAAGGCCUGGUAUCGAAGACACAUCGGUCGCUAUGUAAGAAAUCGAAGGGGUCCUGUUGAAAUCUCGAUCCCAUCGGGACGUGUAAAUAACUACCUACCUGAAGAUGGAAGAAUCAAUGGAAACAGGAUUGGCGAUAAACUGAAGUUGGAUUGGUCCGGCGGGUCGAUUGAUCAGAGAUGUCAGGUGCGAUACCGGAUACGAUGCAGCUUCUAGAGUCUCGGGAGCUGAGGAGAUCGAGUUCUGUUUCCGACCAUCUUCGGGAUAACCAGGACCAGACUGAGAUGAGCGAUUGCGAGAGCGACACCAGCGAAGUUCUGAGCGUUGGUAGCGAAUCGACACCGGCAGGUUUGAGUCUCGAGGUGGACGUCGACGUCGACGUCCGAAUCGGCAAUGGUGGGGUCGACUCGUGUACAAGAUUCGACGGCGUAGCGUCCGCACUUCCGGAAUCCGAAUUACGCGAGGACACGAGCAAUACCCGAACAUCCACAACGUCUUCCCCCCCUCGUUCCCCCGCCGCUUCGCCAGCCUCGUCGAGUUGCACGGAUCACACCAGUCAUCAAAAUUAUUACAAUUCACUUCAAAGAAGCGGCACGUCCAGGAUACCGAGUCCGGGUUACAGCAGCCAUCCUCCCUCGUCUCCAGCGGCUUCCGUCAGAUCACCGGCGUCCUCUAGCAUCACAGCGUCUUCACCCGGAAGACCGGAGAUGCCGGAAGCAGUCUCUUCGACUCGUUACGGUGUCGGUAGUGCCGCAAGUUCCCACUCGCAUCAGAUUCUCGGUGCGUCUAGGUACUCGAGGGACUCUUCGGAAGCAUUGCAGGAAUUUCCUGCGAGGAUUGCGGCCUCCUGUCAUCCGGCGCUUCAAGGACACGACGUCAUUUAUCCCGGGGUCGAAAGGGCGCUUCAUAGGACUCCGAUAACCGUACCCCUCGUUACGAGGCUCUCCUUAUCGCCACCGUCCGUCGGUCGACCGUCACUCGGGGUAGCUGCCGCAGCUGCGGUAGUCGCAGGUUUGCAAUCCUCGUCGCCGGUUCUUCAUCCGGGAAUGAUUUUACCCCAACAGCAACAACUUUUGCACCAAAAUCACGUGCCGCCUCACACUCCGGUCGGUCCUCCACAUCCACACUUGCCGAUUCAGCAGCAGCAACAACAACAGAUCGCAUCUAUCGGUGCCUCGACGUUACAUCAUCAUCUGAACAAUCAAGCUCAGCAUCGACUUCCGGUCAGCAAACUCCUUCAAGGUUCUUCACCGCCGCCAAGAGAAUCCAGCCCUCUUUCACCCCGCGAUACCACAGAUAACACGACGACGACAACGUCUUCGGGAAUUCGAACACCCGCGGUACCGGUAGCAACGAAUAAUCGAAGUAACAACAAUAACAACAUCAACAACAACAACAACAACAACAAUAACAAUAAUCUUCAGCAUCAGGGUAACCUGAAGUUUAGCAUAGACAAUAUAUUGAAAGCCGAUUUCGGCAGGAGGAUAACCGAUCCGAUAUCCCUGAAGAAAUCGCGACCUAAAAAAGUGGUGCAACGUCCUAUUGACCUGACGAAAGACUUUUUAGAAUCGUCGUCAGAGUCUUCCGAGAGAAGUUGCUCCGAACCAUCGACGACAUCAGCAUCGCCCGGGGGAACCAACAAGACCACUACCGGGGCUUCUGUUCCCCCCGGAAACAACACAGGAUCAGCCGGAACCGGAACUCCCGAUCCUGGAAAGCAGAUUCUUUGGCCGGCGUGGGUCUACUGCACGAGAUAUUCGGACAGGCCUUCUUCUGGACGAAGUCCUCGGACACGUCGAGUAAAGAGAUCUAACGGUGACAGUCGAACGACAGGUUCAACCCCCGAGGAAAAACGUCCUCGGACAGCUUUUAGCGGCGAGCAGUUAGCCCGUCUAAAGCGAGAGUUUGCCGAGAACAGGUACCUGACCGAGAGGCGAAGGCAGCAGCUUUCAAGGGACCUGGGUCUGAACGAGGCGCAGAUUAAAAUCUGGUUCCAGAACAAACGAGCGAAGAUCAAGAAGGCUAGCGGUCAGAAGAACCCCCUCGCUCUACAGCUGAUGGCGCAGGGUCUCUACAAUCAUUCAACCGUUCCACUCACGAGGGAGGAAGAGGAACAGGCAGCCGAAUUACAAGCCAAAUGACAAGCGUAGAAUAUUAUUUUAUCACUUAGCUAACGUAUUUCGUAGAUACGGUUUAACUUCUUACACUAUAUGUAAUACAUUAUACAAAUGAAUGGCUACACUCGACGUACUCAUCAUCAUUCGCAUGGAAACCCGUUGUAGAGAAUUAUCGAAGAGAGAGAGAGAGAGAGAGGGAUGAAGAGAGACCGCGAAGAUUUCAUCAAUUUCCAUCGAAAUAUUGGAUAAAUUUCUUCUUUUUUUUUUUUUUCUUCAUUCAUCAUCCACGUGACGACGUGUAGUCGGUCUCAAAGAUGUGACAAUUUUUUAUACACAUGUACCGUUUUCUCCUUUUAUCUUUUUUUUGUUUUUUUUUUAUCGAUUCUUCGUACAGGAUAACAAGUCGAAUUCAUCCUGGAGGCUAUAUUUAUUUGGAAAUGAAGAAAUCUAGUCCUAAUAAUAUGCUCUGCAAAUUGCCCCACCCCCCCUCCCCCCCCGACCCCUUCCCACUGCGACACCCUUUAUAAAAUUAGCCAUUGCCGAUUUUCAGGUGUGUACAAAAUUCGAGUAAAAUAAAAUAGUCUCGUGCCAUCGUCGGUCAAUUUAAAGCAUAGUUUUUUUUAUUUGAUUUUCUUUAUUUCGUCCAAAAUGAAUUCCGCGAUGACAGAUAAUAUGUACAACCGAUGUAAUAUGUACUUUAAAUUUAUCUACACUAAUUAUUAUGAUUUCCUUAAAGAACCGUAUAAAUUAAUUAUUUAUAAUGUAGAUAAGGAAUUAUUGAUUCUCAAAUCGAUCUCUGGGUAUAUAUCAUUUCUUUCCUUUUUUUUUUUUCUUUUGAUUUACUUAUUUGCGCCGAUGAUAUAUUUAUAAGCAAAGAGAAAAUAACUAAUAAUAUUAAAAUUACUACUAAUAAUCGUAACUAUGGUAUAAUGACAACGCGAUGAUAUUAACAUUAAUUUAUUGUAAAAAUGUAAAUUAUAUGAAAUUAUACAUAUAUACAUAUACAUAUAUAUAUAUAAAUAUAAGAUAUAUAGUGUUUCAUGACAGGCGUGAUUUUGCAACGUGCAAUAAAUUCUAAUAAUUAUUUAGGCAUACAUACUACACGUUAUCCAUAUAUAUACAAAUUACCUACCCCGCUGAUAAUGUGAAUUUUAACGAAUACAUGAGAAUAGAUAAAUAAACGAGUUAACGAAUGAUAUGAGAUUGACAAACGAGCGAUUGAAGAUAUGAAUAAUAAGAAGAACAAUAAAAACAAUAAAUCAAUGAAUGAAUGACUAAGCGAAACAAAAAAAUCGAACUAACAGUAAACGGACCUGUAUAUAUCAUAUUGAAAAUUAUUAUAAAUAGUAGCCUAUAUAAUAUAAUAUAAUUGUGUAUAAUAUCUAAAUCAGCGAGAUAAUAUUGCCUAUAGACUGUGUAAAAUUAAACUUAGUUAUUUAUUUACAUAAUAUUAUUAUACAUAUUUAAAAAUAAAAAUAUUAUAGAAAUGAUGAAUCUGAGGAAGAAUCUACACACUGCGGUACACGCAUACAUAGAAAAACAUUCACACACACGCGUAUACAUACACAUACACAUGAUAGUUAUAAUGUAUAUAUACAUAAAUACAAAAAAGAUAAUACAUGUAAGAUUAUUUAAAAAUCAAUUAAAUAUUACCAGUAUCAAGUUAUUAUCAAUCCGAACGCCUAUGAUUAUUCAAAAAAUUCCAUCGCCUCCCGUUAUCCACUUCAUCCGAAUUAAUUUCUCACCAGAUGAAAGUUUUUGGAUGAAUUUUCAAAUGGGUAGCAACGAUUCCUCAGGAUCUGUUUUACUAGGAUUCCGAGAUCGUCAUUC